AUGGCGUCCACCCUAGCCAUCGGUGUUGGCAUCGCAGCUGCAGCAUUCUUCGGCCGCGCCGGCCUCGUCGCCUUCCGCCGCUACCGCAAUCCCAAUGGCCUCAACGCACUCGGCCGGCCUUUUUACAAAGGUGGCUUCGAGCAGAAGAUGACGAAACGAGAAGCGUCGUUGAUCCUCGACCUGAGCGAACGCACAUUGACGAAAGACAAAAUACGCAAGAAUCAUCGAGCACUCAUGCUGUCAAAUCAUCCGGAUCGAGGGGGAAGCCCGUAUUUGGCAAGUAAGGUGAAUGAGGCGAAAGAGCUUCUGGAAAGAGAAGGGCCCCGAACUUGA